AUGGAGAUCCCCUCGAGGUCCAGUGACUUUUGUGUUGAUGACUAUGCCAUUUCCCUGCGCGCUGUGUCUGAAGACGAAGAAAGCAUCCUGGAGCCUAUUGUCAAAGCUGUGAGCAAGCACUUGGUCCUCGAGGUGGAUGACUUGCAGCUCCAAGGUGGAGACACCACAAGAGAGGUUUACAAGAUUGCCAAACCUCGAAUAACCCGUUCCCUCUCUGUGUCUGACUUUGAUCGAGAACGGAGAGGCUCCACCGCCUCCCUGUUCAACGUUCCCGGCGGUUUUCGCAGACAGUUCAUUGAGAAUGAAGCCCAAAAGCACCACAAAAAGGUUAAUUUCGUCACACUGAACUUUUUGGAGUUUUUGAGCGUGUAUGGACACUUUGCGGGUGAGGACUUGGAGGAUGAUGACUACACGGCCUGUUCGUUGGUGCCCCGUUUCCGUCUCGACGAGGAGACCCCGUUGCUCACCCGAUCCAGAACGCAGCAGCAGGGUACUGCUUCUGCUACCAAGGCGUAUUUCUUGUUGCUCAAGGCUUUUGUUGGUACAGGGGUGCUUUUCCUCCCCAAGGGGUUUUACAACGGCGGGAUUCUCUUCUCCUCUGUGACUUUGUUCGCCUUUGGAAUGCUUUCCUACUGGUGCUACCUCAUCUUAGUACGCUCAAAGACUGCCACGAGCGUUUCCUCCUUUGGUGACAUCGGCAAGAAGUUGUACGGCACGUGGUUCAAGUUCUUGAUCUUGUUCUCCAUCACGGUCUCCCAGGUUGGUUUCUGCGCUGCGUACAUUGCAUUUACGAGUGAAAACUUCCGGGCGUUCAUUAUAAAUGUCUCGGGUUACGAUAUGGACCCACGCUUACUCACACUCGUGCAGUGUUUGUUCUUUGUUCCCAUUUCGAUGAUCCGUGACAUCACCAAACUCUCUUUAUCGGCCGUGAUUGCGAACUUGUUCAUCAUGAUGGGCCUUGGGGUGAUAUUCACUUACUGCGGCGCCCAGAUCAUGGACCAGGGGGUGGCUAAAGUCCAGGCCUUCAACCCUGAAUCGUUUUCCUUGUUCAUUGGGGUGUGUAUCUUUGCCUUCGAAGGGAUUGGGCUCAUUCUCCCGAUCCAGGAGUCUCUCAAACACCCGGAACAGUUUCCCCGGAUUCUCUUUCUCGUCAUCAUCACCAUCUCGUUUGUGUUUAUCCUCAGUGGAUGUCUUGGCUACGCCGCCUACGGGGACAACGUGCAAACUCUAAUAAUCAUGAACUUACCGCAGGGGUCGUACUUUGUCCGCUCCAUCCAGUUGUUUUAUUCCGUCGCGAUUCUUCUUUCCUCCCCCUUGCAAAUGUUCCCGGCUAUCCGGAUUUUGGAACUUAAGGUUUUUGGGAAGCAGAGCGGAAAGUACUCAUUCGAGACCAAGUGGCGCAAAAACUCCUUUAGAGCCGCAUUUGUUGUUUUCACCUCGUGUAUAGCGUGGUUAGGUGGCGGAAACCUCGACAAGUUUGUCUCUUUUAUUGGCUGCUUUGCGUGCAUUCCGUUGGUGUACAUGUAUCCGCCAUUGUUACAUUUACGCUCUUGUGCAACGAGCAAGUGGUCUAAGGCUAGCGAUCUAGCCUUAGUCGUUGUUGGGUUUGUCGCGAUGGUUUACACUACAUGGCAGAUUUUGGCCGGAUAG